AUGGCAGAGGCCACAGUGAGGGAGCUCAUCAACUUUGGCUUCUCCGAGGAUCGCGCGCGCGAGGCUGUCGAAAACAUUGGGGACGUUUCAGAUGUACAGCUGGCCAUCAACUGGUUGUUGGAUCAUGGAGAGGAGGACAAGGGCGGCGCUGUGGAAUUCAAGCAUUGUCCUCACAUCUGCGAGUUGCCCCUGGGCACUAUUGUGAAGAAGGCAGCUCUCGAGUUCGGCAACCCGUGCGCCAAGGGAUGCAAAGGCUCCGAGAACUGGGUGUGCCUUAUGUGCGGAGUCACCCAUUGCGGGCGAUAUGUCAACAAGCAUGCUCUGCAUCACUGGCGAGAGACGCGUGAGGCUGACUCACGAGCUCUCACCGUAGGUUCCAGCAGAGCUGUAAUUUGUCUGAGUUGCCGCAGCAAGCCUGCAGACACGUGCGUCGCACACGCAAUAGUCACAGCCAUGUCCGAGUUGGGGUUUUUGAUGCUUGUUGCUGGGCUCUGCAGCUCGGGUGCCGAUUUGACGUGGCAGUGGACCAGCCAGCGCGGGACGAGUGAAUGGGACUAUGCCACGGCCUUGCAACUGGAUGCUGAAAGCGACAUCGUAGUGGCUGGAGAUGUUGCUGGGUCAUUCAGCAAUACCACGCACUUUGGAGCAAAUGAUGUGUUCCUGAUGAAGUUCAACAGUUCUGGCACAUGGCAAUGGACAAGUCAGCGGGGUAGCAAAAAAUCAGACAAUGCAAGAGCCCUCCAAAUCGACCCUUUGGGAAGCAUUUUUGUUGCUGGCUACACAAUGAGCUCGCUGGAUGGCAAUGUCCAUCAGGGUGGUUCCGACCUCUUUGUGUCCAAAUACAGCAAGGAUGGGUCUUGGCUCUGGACACGCCAGCGUGGUAGCAACGACUGGGACUACGGUCGCGCCCUUCAGCUGGAUCGUUCUGGUCAUAUCUACAUGGCUGGGUACACAGGGGGUUCGCUGGAUGGCAACCGCAACGCAGGAGGCUAUGAUUUCUUCGUCAUGAAGCUUGAUCCAAGUGGAUCCUGGCUCUGGACCCGGCAGCAUGGAAGCGCCUUUUGGGAUUAUGCCCGUGCUCUGCGGCUGGAUGCGCGAGGGAAUGUACUGGUAGCGGGAUACACCAGAGGCGAUUUGGAUGGCAAUGAGAACGCAGGAGGCAAAGAUGUCUUCCUCGCCAAGUUCGGCGUGGAUGGAGUUUGGCAAUGGACUCGUCAGCAAGGUAGCAUUGCAGAUGAUGAUGCUUUCGAUCUCGGUACGGAUGUAGCAGGAAAUAUUUUCAUAACUGGCGAGACAUCAGGUGCUCUUCAUGGAGAGAGUGCGGGAAGCUCGGACAUCUUCUUGAUGAAAUUCUCCGAGGACGGGGCUUGGCAGUGGAGCCGCCAGCGUGGCACCGAGAAGUUUGACGUGGCCUGGGCAUUAGAAGUCGAUUACUUGGACAACAUUCUUGUCGCCGGCUAUACCGGAGGCUCAUUGGAUGCUCAUGACACUGCCGGUAGCUCGGAUGUGUUUGUGAUGAUGUUUGAUCCCUUUGGUUCUUGGCAGUGGACCGAGCAGAGGGGAACUCCACUUUGGGAUUAUGCACGUGCGCUCCGGGUCAAUCCGGCCGGAGACGUCUUCUUGGCAGGCUCGACGCAAGGGCAACCUGAUAAUGGCAACUUCAGUGGCGGUGAAGAUCUCUUUGUCAUGAAGUUCAAGCGCUCAAACAUCUCAGAUCCAGAGCAGCUUUUCGGUGCCUCUGGAUAUGUACAGUACAGUGGCCUGACAAGGCCGACCUCCAAAGCAAAGGCAGCGAGAAAGAUAAUGGUGGGCAAAGGUCAUUUCCUGGCGAUGGGCUUGAUGGAUCUCAGUGUAUGGUGCUAUGCAUGUGAGUCUUACGUUGACCACGAGGUGCUUGGCCCACUGGUCGCCCGAAUGCAACGACUGAAAUUCGGUGGCGCAGACGAGGAGGAGCCAGAGCCCGAGGUUGGCAGCAUCUUGGAUGCGGACCCGCAGUCAGCGCACGGCUUCUUGGGCGAUCCCAACUGGCCCUUGCCGCGACUGGCAAGUGCCUGCAAUGAGGAAGCCCGACCUGGAUACAAGACCAUGAAGGCGCACGAGUAUCUGGAUGAACCCGCAGUUCUGAAGGCAAAAGUGAAGUUGCUCGCUGACCUCAUAGCACGAAGCCGAAACUGCAUUGCUUACACUGGCGCUGGCAUCAGCACGGCCUCUGGCAUCAAAGACUAUGCAACGAAGGCAAGCUCCUCGUCCUCAUCUUCUUCGGCGAAGUCGCCAUGGCUGGCGGAACCGAGCUACGCUCACCAUGUCCUCGUCGCGCUUUGGAAGAGUGGAAGCUUGAAACACUGGGUGCAGCAGAAUCAUGAUGGCCUGCCUCAGAAAGCAGGAUUUCCGCAGAAGGACAUCAACGAGAUCCACGGUGCUUGGUGGGACCCUUCCAAUCCAGUCGUCCCAAUGGACGGAACUCUCCGUUCUGAUCUGAUUCAGUGGAUGCUGGAUUGGGAGAGUCGCGCGGACCUGUGUUUGGCACUUGGGACUUCCAUGGUCGGAAUGAAUGCAGAUCGCAUGGCUGUGUCCCCGGCCAAGCGUGCCCAGCGCUUGCGACGAGACGAGGCACUGGGAACUGUGAUCGUCGCACUGCAGCAGACACAGUACGACAAGAUCUCGUCUUUGCGAAUCUUUGCUCGGCUUGACGAUGUCCUCAGGGAGCUGGCUUCAUUGCUAAACCUCGACGUAGCUUCCGGGCCGGUGUUGUCGCAGAGACGUCAGGAGGCAAUCAUUCCGUACGGCCGGGACGGUCGAAAGUCUACCACAGCCCAGCUGCAUCUGGACCUGCGUGUGGGAAGCAAGCUACGGGUGGUUGACCAGCCCGACUGGGACCAAGCGAAGUAUGGUGAGCUAUGCCAAGUCAUGGAAGCUCCCGAGGAGCUGGCCAAACAGGGGCAUGUGCAGCUGCUCUUUCCCGGCGACGGCUUGAAGAAGUCGGUUACACGUUUUCUCGGUGGUUGGUGGAUCGAGGCUGCCAUCAAAGGAGAGUUGGACAAGAUUCCGGUGGCUUGUCUCAGUGCUAGAAGCACAAGAACGUCACUGCCGACAUGUCCAACGGCGCAUAUGAAGCCUGCAGCACACAUAAUUACAGUGUUUUGGCAAGUCUUUGGAGGUGUGCUUUGCUGUGUCACCUCGUCUGGAUGCAUCGUGAGGUCGUGCCUGCCGAGUAAUGCGGCCUGUUGUCGUGGACCAAGGGUUCUGAUCGUUUCCCGUACAAUUCGAACAACAAUUUCGAGCUCCGCCUUUCACCACUGGUGGUUGCAUCUGUCAUUUAGACAUACUCAAGCCGCAGACGGCUGA